ACUGAAGUCAUCUCGACACUCUUGACACGCGUGCCGAAGCAUCAAAACACGACACGUCCAAGCGAGGUCGUCGGCUCCGGAUGACGUCAUCGACGAUAUCAAACGAGAAACGAUCGCGUCACGUUUGGUGACGACUGAAUCAAUAAAUAAGAUUGGCAGCGUGUUGGGGUCGUGGUUUGCAUUUCCCCCCGCGCGUUCCAAAAACACGUCAGCUUCAUCGCACGUUAAGAAAAUUCGCCACUGGUGUGAACGUGAGCGUGAAGGCGCGUUUGUCUAUAUGUGCCCCACCAGUGAAUGGCAAUGGUGACUCGUCCAUUUGACGUUUUUCUUCGCACGGUGGUUCGAGGUCGGGCUUGACUGCGGCGAGCGAGCGAGAGAGAGAGAGAGAGAGAGAGAGAGAGAGAGAUAAAUUUAUCCAGCUCAAGCCAGCAAUCCUCCUCAAGCUGAUCAGCGUUGUGCAGGAUGGAUUGAGGAUCCGCUCGCCAGCAGGACGUCCUCUAGGCAAAGCCCGAUGACCUGGGUGGACGAGGUUCUGCCGUUUGUUCCCGGGAACCGAGGAAGGAUGUCUCAAGAUCAACAUUGGAGGCCAGUGUGGUAGCACAAGGAUUUGUGAAAGGUCGUUUUUUUUUUGUUUAGUUUUUUUUUUUUGCUCUCCUCGCGCUCCAAAUGAUCCAUGGUGUUGUUCCCCGCAAAGAUAAAGCCUCGCAGGACCUUCAGGUCAUCGCUCGAGGAGUCAUUUGGACCCAAAUCAAACAUGGCGAGAGGCGUCAGUCAUCUGACUUUGUCUGCAAAGCAACGAGGCGGCGCCACCUCGGUCGUCUUCCUCGCCUUACGCUCACUGGUCGUCUGCUACUUCUUGUCUUGCUCUGAAGCUUCGGCGAGCUUGCUUGGCAUGGAGCACGACUAUGGCACUAGCCCCAAAUUUGUUUGCAUUCCCAUCCCUCCAGAAGCAGACCCCAGCUGCUACUCCCCACCCGGUGUUCCCCACGGCCCCGGCACCAAUGGCCACGCCAACGGCCACGCCGGCAACAACCGCAGAAUUCUGAUCUCGGAUGAAGCCAAAGCCACCAUCCUGCACCUCCGUGAGAGCCUGGUCAGGCAGAAGGAAACCAUUCUGGACCAGCGCGAGACCAUUAGGGAGCUCACCGCCAAACUCACAUUGUGCGAGGGCUUCGGUGGUCACCAUAGCAAUGGCCAUCACAGCGACCAUCACGACAAUCACCACAACAGCCGUCACGACGACCAUCACGAUGACGACCAUCACGACGGCCACCGCGCCGGCCCGUCUUCACACCACGGGUCCUAUCACGACAGCGAUCACCACUUCUCCCACAGGUCAAAUCCCCUUCACCGGGAGUCGUACGGCAAACACGGCUCCUUCUCGCCGGAGCAGACUGGGAAAACCUUGCAGACAUUGAAGGAGCGUCUGGAGAACCUGCAGACGAGGAAUUCCUCCAGCUCUUACUCCAGCUCUUUGAGGGAACUCCUCCAGCGCAAGAUCAACGCUCUGGAGGAGCAGCUGCAUAGCUACUACAGGGACCACCAUGACGACCACCACGACGACCACCACGACGACCACCACGAUGACCACCACCGUGACAACCACCACGACGACCACCACGAUGACCACCACCGUGACAACCACCACGACGACCACCACGAUGACCAUCACCGUGACAACCACCACGACGACCACCACGAUGACCAUCACCGUGACAACCACCAUGACGAUCACCACGAUGACCACCACCGUGACAACCACUACACUGAUCAUCACGAUGACCACCGUGAUGACCACCAUGGUAACAGUCGCCAUGACGACCACUACAACAGUCACCAUGGGAGCCGUCACUACAACCACCACAGUGACCACCGCACUCGCCAUCACGAUCCUCACUACGAACACCACGACUGGCACAGCAGCAGCAGUCGCCCUUCCGGCCGCUCCGCCAACCAUCACGGCGACGUGUAUGGACACCAUAACGAUCACCAUGACGAACACCACGACGAUCACCGUGACGACCAUCACGACGAUCACCACGAUGACCAUAAUGGCGGCGAUCACCUCCCUCGGCGACUUCCUUUCAGCAGCAAGGAGACAAAUGCACGUAAUAGCGGACACAGCAAACUGGAAACCGUCCUCAGCCAGCUGCACCACGGCCACUCUGAGCACGGAGGCCACAAGAAGCUGAAGAGCUCCAGUGCCUUCCUGCUGGACUUCCCCAUGAGGACUAACUACAUGUACGCCAGAAUGAAGCGCUCCCUGGUGACAGAGAUCUUCGCCCUCACCAUCUGCCUGCGCAUGAAGGCGGGCGCAGGCCCCGGGGUGGGGACGCCCUUCUCCUACGCCGUGCCGGGCCAGGCCAACGAACUGGUGCUCAUUGAGUGGGGGGCCAAUCCCAUGGAGUUGCUGGUGAACGACAAGGCGGUGACGCUGCCCGUGACGUUGAGCGACAGGAAGUGGCACCACGUGUGUGUGACGUGGGCGACACGCGACGGCGUGUGGGAGGUGUACCAGGACGGGGCCAGGAAAGGAUCGGGUCAGAACCUGGCUGCCUGGCACGCCAUCAAACCGGGAGGGAUGUUUCUUCUCGGACAAGAGCAGGACACGAUGGGGGGCCGCUUCGACGUGACGCAGUCGUUCAUGGGAGAACUGUCGGACGUUCACGUGUGGUCGCGAGUCCUGACGCCCGCGGAGAUCUACAGGCAGGCGUCGUGCGGGGCUCGCCUACCGGGCGACGUGGCGUCCUGGGAGCAGGAGGCCGUGGAGCUCCACGGCGGCCUGGCGGAGUUCCCCUUCGACACCUGCCACUGAGUCCCGGUCGUCUGCCUUCUCCCAACCGGGACCGGACGAGCGCCGGCUCCCUUCCUGACUUGCUGACUUGUACUUGAUUGGGCAUUCAACCCGGUUGGGAUCUCGGAGCGUGUUGACACCGUCCCGGACGGCGUGCGGCUCUUGAGCUUGCGCCACAGCCACAUGCAGCCGCUCUUUGUUCCAGCUUUUCACACCAAAGACUCGAGGGCCCGGCGAGAAGUGCCAGGUCCGGAAUGAACGGCCUCGCCACUUGAAACCGUAACUUGCCAACCUAAUUUGAAAUGCUGACAAGAACCAUAACUUCAAACCCUAACUUGAAACCUUCAAUUGCGAGCGCAAAUUGCUCCAAUUUAACACCCUAACUCUCCACUCCAAACCGUAACUUGACAUCUCGGACCACCGUGACGACAUACGGCAUCCGUUUCUCCAGCGUGUCUUGGGUCUUUCCUCUGAGGGGCCGCGCCUGGACCUCUUCGCUGGGGAGGCGUCCAGGAGGCCCCCUCGCCCGAUACCGGCGCCCCCUCAUCCUACUUCUCUCCAACACCCUACGAUACUCGAGGAAGAUCUCAUCCCUGACUUCCUCCAAUCGAGAUGAUUUGCAUGAUGAGACUCGAGCGAUAUUUGACACCGGAUGGCGUUUUCGAUGAGACCGUGAAGAGGAGCGGACAGCGGGGUCCGAUUCUGUGUGCGUGCGUAAUUGGAUGAGCUGAUUGCGUAAGGGCACAUGAGGCGUCCAGUCAGCGCUAACCUUACCUCGACGUGUCACCGCGCUAAUGGCGGACGUCCCCUCGGUCACCCGUGGCUUACGACAGGAUUUAGUGCCGCUGGUGUGUCCGCCUAUGAUCGCGCCUAAUUCUCAGCUAACACACACACACACGCGCACGCACACUUUUGUUGCCCAGGCAACCGAGGUGAAGGAUUAUGUGUCGAUCUGCUAACUGGUUUUAGCUGCGCUUUAAACUUUUUAUAAGGUUUUGUACAAGUACCAAAAUAUUGUUGAAUCCUUUGGCAAUUUAUAUGCCAAAAAAUAAACCACACACACGUGAAUUUGUGAAGAUGGAAAAGUUUGGAAACCCCUGGUUAUCCUAAAAUCUUGUCGCCAUAGUGAUAGUGUUUGUUUGCAUCAGGACCACAUCAAAAGCUGUAAAUAAUCUUGUUUUAUUGUAAUGCCAAGUGAUGCUAAUAUAGGGCCAAAUGACAGAAGCAUGAUAUUUUUAUGGAAGAAUCAUAAUAAUAAUAAGAAGAAUGUGUUUAUUGCCAUUGCUUCUUGACAGAAGACGCACGAGAAAAGGACUCACUCCUCCUCUUCCUCGCCUUUGAUGCACAUUUGAUAGCGUCUUUAUUUAUAUUUGUGUCUUUGGCUGUUAAUAUGAAUAAUCAUUUAUGAAUAUGUACGACAGUGAGUUCAGUCCAGAGUCACGAGUAAGCCAAAACUUUUGUCGACUUGUAAACGGAGUCAGCAUUUGGAAUAAAGUUAUAUUCAAACAACUCA